CUACUAGUAUCAUGGCUUCUAAAAACCCUCGUCUAAGCGAGCUCGCUGCCCAAAUUGCUGAACAGGCCGUUAUACUGGAAAAGUUCCUUGACGACAAUAACCUCCCGCAGCCGUCCUUUGGCGUUCAGGGCCCCGCUGCUUUCCCUGUCGGAGCUGAUCAAAAGGCAGCCAACGACGCCCGUUUCUCCCUCAUUGGCGCCACCAAGGAUCUUCGUGGUCUGGUCGUGGGCCCUGCUGACACUCUGAAAUGGCUUGUCCUCUGCGACCAUAACGUUACCGCUGCUCUUCAAGCGGUAUACCACUUCAAGAUCGCCCAGUCCGUUCCGCUGGACGGAAGCCCGAUCUCCAUCGCAGAUCUGAGCAGGGCUGUUUCCCUCGACGAGCUCAACCUCGCACGCGUCGUGCGCAUGGUCAUGAGCGAGCGCAUCUUUGUCGAGCCCAGGCAGGGCUACGUCGCGCACAUGGCGGCGUCCCUCCUUCUCGCGCAGGACAGGGGCAUGCAGGCGAUCGUGGGGCACAUGUGCUCUGAGUCGUUCCCGAGCGCGGCGAGGAUGGGCGAGUGCUUGGAGACGUAUAGAGGGUCGGAGGAGCCGCAGCAUUCGGCGUUUAUGAUGUGUAUGGGGAGCUGGGCGGCAGGCGGAGGUGAGGAGCAUAUAGUUUCAGGUAAUGAGUGGAAGGACCUUGGACAGGCGGUGGUGGUCGACGUGGGCGGCUCUCUUGGUCACGUCUCCCUAGCUCUUGCAUCUGCAUACCCCAACCUGCGGUGCAUAGUCCAAGAUCUUCCCUUCAACACCGCUGCAAACGACCUCAUCGCCUCCCAGAACAAAUCACGUCAAGUGACCUUUCAGCCUCACGACUUCUUCAAUCCUCAGCCCGUUCUUCCCGCCGAAACCAUGACCUCCGUGUCAACAGCCGUCUAUCUCAUGCGCUACAUCCUGCACGACUGGUCCGACACCUACGCCCGCAAGAUCCUGGCUCACGUCCGCGACGCCAUGGCGUCCGCCACACGCGACAGGAAAAACGCAUACCUCGUCAUCGCGGACGCUGUGCUCCCGCCUCCGCUCAGCGGGAUCCCGGCUGCCCAGGAGCGCACGCUGAGAGCGUUCAACGUGAGCAUGUUUGCGCAGCUGAACGCGUGCAAGCGGGAUACGUCGGCGUGGGGGGCGCUCUUCAGGAGCGUGGAUGGGCGGUUUGUGAUCGAGAGCAUACGGCCCCCGUCGCCGGGGAGCUCUUGA